CUGGUGCUCCAUAACAAACAAAAGAUUUGCUCUCUGUGGCUCCAACACAGCUUGUUCUUUGGAGGCUGCAGUUAAACAUGGAGAUAAGUCACAUGUGAAAAUUAUUCAGGAACUGAAACCGUUAAAAACUCAGGUGUGAUCAAGUGUGCUCUGUUAUUAACUGUUAUUAACGUUACACAGUUGUGACAUGACUCCUUUGGAUGGUUGGAUUUCAGUCACUGAAGAGUCUAAUGCUGUCAGGUUUCUUUGAACUUGGGUUAUGUUAUUGAAAGACAUCAGAAAUGUCUGCUGUAACUGCAUCGCUCUGCUCGACUUUGCUGUUUGUCGUCCUCGUUGUGGUCGACUCUGCAGUUGUGAUAAACAUCCCAGCUGUAUCUGGACAAAGUGCCAUUCUGUCGUGUCGAACUCAAAACAAAUCCGUCAUAGUGGUGGAGUGGAGCAGACCUGACCUCAAGAAUGAGCAUGUCCUGUUUUACCGGGAUGAGCAGUUUGACACAGACAACCAGCAUCCAUCUUUUAAGCAGCGGGUGGCUCUGCAGGACAGACAGAUGAAGGAUGGAGACGUGUCUCUGAUCCUGAAGGAUGUGACGAUUAACGACAUGGGAACGUACGAGUGUCGUGUUUUCAUGAGAGGGACAAACCGCAGGAAGAGAGCCAUUUUGGAGACUGAGCCCAUCUGCAUCAUCAACCUGAGUGUCUCUGCUCUUUCAGGACCACCAGGAGGAGAAGAGAGGUUUAGACAUAUUGGACUGAUCGUUGCCCUUUUACUUUUCACUUCAUCACUGCUUCUUCUUGGAGUUGAUCUUUUCAUCCACAGAAGACAAAAACAACAACAGACUCACGGCUCACAGAAGCCUCCUGGUGUGAGUGAUUCUCCUACUGCUGAUAUUAGUGUAGAAACAGAGAGGAUCUACACUACAUAGAAGCUGAUGAUGCUGAACUCCUCCAGACAUCAAGCAUGUUGAGAAUUUGAUUUGAUUUUUCUGGAUUAGUUAGCACCACACGUAUAAAACAAAGACAGUGGCAGUCACAUUAACUUCCCCAUCCAUCCAUCCCCCACCAGGGCUAGCCAUGUGCUCUGCUAGCAUUUAACUAUAACUGAGGCCCAAAUAACCAAAAAACUGUAAGAUCUCAGUGAUCUUGGCAUUACUAAGAAUUAAGAACAUGCCUAGCACCAACAACAAACUGAGAAAGAGGAUUAGCACAAAAAACAAAUAAACCAAACACAAGUUUUUCCCAUGAUACAGUACUGACACCUCCCCUCAGUCUCAAAGCUCUUCUGCCAACUGUCACAUGACUAACUCAGCAGUGUUAUUACAGCCUUAUGAAAACACAGAAUGAAAUCAGUUUCAUGUAACUGCAGAGUUUAGUAGUUCCAGCUGACGCCUCACACCUUUCUCUCACACACAGUCUGGGUCUGUUUCCUCAGCUGCUUGUUGCUGGUGUUUAUUUAUUUAUCUAUUUAAUUAUCAUUGGCAUAGAAAGAACAUGUGAGCCCUGUUCCAGUAAUAAUUGUUGGGUUACAUCUCUAAGUUUGUUUAAGCAGUGAUGAGAGAAACUCAGAUUUUCCCUUAAAGUUUAUUUUAACUCUGAGUCAGUUGCUGGGUUAACAGACUCAACAGACCAGUUCCUCUUUGGCUGAAUGACGCUCGGUGUCAUUUUCUCCUUCAUAAAGUUGCUGUCAAAGUGCUUAAAGGAGCAAAAUAAUGAGAAGACGCUGGUUUAAUUUCCAGUUACAGGUUAGUGUCCCUGUUUAUAACUGUGGACAGUGAUGCGGCUGUCAGAAGGUCAGUUCCAUUGUACUGAAAGCAUUUAAUGUUGUUCAUACACGGAUCAAUGACAAAGUAUUUCUCGUCUUCUCUGUCGCACCGACCAAAAAAGUGUCUCACACAGCUGGAUCCUGGAGAUGAUGUAAAUACUUGUGUGAAGAUGAGGCUGAAAUGACAGAUUACAGAAUAAGAUUCACUCAUUCAAUGAUGUCAAACAAUAUUUCAAAGGUUCAGAGUUUAAACAGAUUGUUCAAUGAAAGUCACCUUAACAUGUCUCAGUGGGUCGACUCAGAACUAGAGCGCAUGAGGAUGUUGUUACUCUGUAACAGUUCAACAAACCAUGUCCGAGUUCACUCGCAGAGCUGCACGGAUCUAAAACUGAAAGGAUCACAGAUUUAAACCGGAUCAGGCCGGGAUCCAACUUGGCUGAUCUCAGAGUCGACCUGCUCUGUCUUCUCACUGUUGUCAUUGAACGUCGAGGGGCAGACAGAUGAUCUGGGUACA